CUUAAGGCCAUUGCUUAUAAAUACCAUAAUUUCCAUUACAAGUCCUGUGAAUUUAAUUGAGUUGGGCAUAUUAAUUGAGGCUAAAGAUGAGAGUUAAGAGUUCAGAUGUGAUCAAGUUGUUUGUCUUACAAUGUCUUUUAUUUUUGGCUUCUUCCAAGGAUUUUGAUUUCUUCUACUUUGUUCAACAGUGGCCUGUUUCUUAUUGCGACUCGAGACAUGGCUGUUGCUAUCCGACGACCGGAAAGCCCAAUGAAGAUUUCGGCAUACAUGGAUUGUGGCCCAAUUACGUCAACGGAAAAUGGCCGCAAAAUUGCGGUCAAAGUUCUUUGGACGAAUCAUUGAUCUCAGAUCUUAUGAGCAAUAUGAAGGAUGAGUGGCCAACUCUUGCUUGCCCAUCUGCAGAUGGAAUAAAAUUUUGGAGUCAUGAAUGGGAAAAGCAUGGGACAUGCACAUCCCUUGACCAGCACUCUUAUUUUCAAUCUGCCCUUCUUCUGAAAAGCAAAGCCAACUUGCUCCAACUCCUUUCCAAUGCAGGGAUUCGUCCUGGGGAUUUCUACCAUUUCAAAAGCAUAAAGCAAGCGAUUGAAGAUGGGUUAGGGCAUGAGCCCUUCAUAGAGUGCAAUGUUGACCCGAGUGGCAAUCACCAGCUUUUCCAAGUCUACUUGUGUGUGGACACUAAUGCCACAAGCUUCAUCAAAUGCCCCAUUUUACCACACGGAAGGGCGUGUGGCUCCACCAUUGAGCUCCCUUCUUUUUCUUCUCAUUAUCGCCAAGAAUUAAAAGAUGAACUGUAGCUAGAUUUGUCUAAUUGACAUUUAUAUAUACACCAACAUGCAUUCUUAACUGUGACCAAUCAAAUGUCGUUCCAAUUUAUUUGAUAUGUUGAAUUCUUGAAGAAAACAUUAUGUAAUAUCAAAUUUAAUAGAAACUAAUUGAUUCAUCUACAGUGGCGGACGC